UCCUUUGCAGACUUUUUGCGUGGUCUCGAAGAGGUUUCGAAAGAACUACAUCCACCGUUUCACGGCGACCAGUUCAUUCUUCUUCUUCAGCCCGUUCAGUUCGAUUCGGAAAGCAUGUAUAUACCUGUGCACAAACCAAUACUUCGAUUACAUGGUCAUGGCCACCAUUUUGCUCAACUGCGUCUUCCUCGCCAUGACCGAAACUAUAGAAGAAGCAGAGUAUAUUUUUUUAGCCAUAUACACGGCUGAAAUGAUAAUAAAAGGUAUAGCGAAGGGGUUUAUAUUAAACAAGUACACGUAUCUGAGGAAUCCAUGGAAUUGGCUGGAUUUCGUUGUGAUAACGAGCGGAUACGCUACCAUAGGCGUAGAAGGCGCCAAUCUGGCAGGUCUUCGAACAUUUCGCGUCUUGCGAGCCUUAAAGACAAUCUCUAUUUUACCAGGACUGAAAACUAUUAUCAACGCACUGCUUCAUUCGUUCAAGCAAUUGGCGGAAGUCAUGACUUUAACAAUAUUUUGUCUCAUGGUUUUCGCUUUGUUCGCACUGCAAGUGUACAAAGGAGAGCUUCGCAACAAGUGCGUCCUAAAAAUGGACGACCAUAACGCCUCAUACGAUGCGUGGUUCAACUGGACACAGGAUUCUCAGCACUGGCUGAUGAGGAACGACACGGAGGACGAGCCUCUCCUUUGCGGGAACGUCACAGGGUCACGUCACUGUCCCUCGACCCACACAUGUUUGUGUGUGGGCGAAAAUCCCAACCACGGCUACACCAGCUUCGACAAUUUCCUAUGGUCGAUGCUCACAACCUUCCAGCUCAUCACCCUCGACUACUGGGAAAACGUCUACAACAUGGUGCUGUCAUCGUGCGGGCCUAUAAGCGUCUCCUUUUUUACCGUCGUAGUGUUUUUCGGUUCGUUUUAUCUCAUUAACCUAAUGCUGGCUGUGGUAGCGCUGAGUUACGAGGAGGAAGCGGAAAUAACGCAGGAGGAGAGAAAAAAGGAGCUGGUCGACCACCGCGAGGAUUCCACGUUCAGCUUCGAUCCGUCAAGUUUGAACGUGCGUAAGUUGUCUAAACACAAAAUCAAAAAAAUCGACGCCAGGAAAGGUGUGCUACUAUCGUCGUACUCCAGGAAGAAAACGAGGCGAAGAAAACGGAACAGAAGCAGUACGGUGAAUCAAAGCAAACCGGGCGUGCCUGAAAAUUCAAAGGAGGAAUCCAAGGAAUCGUCCAAGUCCUCACCGAAACCUACACGGUCCGUAACGCCAAGUCCCAGUCCGAGUCCGAGACAUAGUCGCAGCUCCCCAAGGCCCCAAGCUUUGCCUUUGCCAUUGCCGCCCCCUAAGCAUGUCUAUCUCUCAGACCCCAGGUGUCCUGACAUGUUACAUCCAUCUAACACCCUUGCGCCAAACAGGGUUGGAUUUCACAGCAGACAAGCCAGUAGCAACAGCGGCGAAGGCAACAAUAGAGAAUCAUCACUGGAUGAUUCCGGAGUUGUAGACGAUCAUGAACCAGAAGGCGAUAUAACUUCUGAAGACGCCACUGCCCAUAUUGUACCCACUGUAAGAAGAAUCGAAGUAACACCAGUUACAGUAGCUGUAAGUCCGAAAGAAAUAAAAGUGAUUAAAUGCAAUGGAGUUGGAAGUUGUAAGAAAAAGAAGCACAUGUACACGUUGCCUCCAGACUACCUCUCACACAUCGUUGUUAUAAAUGAUCAGCUUCCAGACAGGAACUGUUCGGGUUGUGAGCAAUGUUGCAUGGACUACAACGGAUGGCUACAGUUCCAACAGGCUCUUUACAGGAUAGUACGGGAUCCACUCUUCGAGUUGGCAAUCACCGUCUGCAUCGUGCUCAACACUAUGUUCCUUGCGAUGGAGCACCACGGCAUGAGUGAAUCUAUACUCAGGGCCUUAGACAUAGGCAAUAAAGUUUUUACUUCCAUUUUUACGUUCGAGUGUUGUUUGAAAAUAAUGGCUCUUAGCAAGGACUUUUUUCACUGCGGGUGGAACAUUUUCGAUUUGAUCAUCGUGUCAGCCAGUCUGCUCGACUUGAUAUUCGAACUGGUCGACGGUCUGUCAGUUUUGCGCGGUCUUCGAUUGUUGCGUGUUUUGAAGUUAGCUCAAUCUUGGAUAACAAUGAAGGUGCUACUUAGCAUUAUUAUUAGUACAAUAGGAGCCUUGGGAAACUUAACAUUCGUUUUGGUAAUUGUUAUUUAUAUAUUCGCCGUAAUCGGUAUGCAAUUGUUCGCGAAAGACUACACCGUCAAGAAAUUCGAACCCGAUCCUGUUCCUAGAUGGAAUUUUACAGAUUUUUUUCACUCUUUCAUGAUGAUUUUUCGCAUUUUGUGUGGGGAGUGGAUUGAGCCACUGUGGGACUGCAUGCGAGCAGAAAGAUCAGAAAGUCCUGGAAUUUGUCUGGCAGUUUUUCUUCCAACAUUGGUAAUGGGCAACUUCAUGGUACUCAACCUCUUCUUGGCUCUGUUGCUUAAUAGCUUUAAUUCUGAGGAGUUGAAGCAAAGGAAGGAGGAAGUGGGAGAUGAAUCGAAGUUGGCACAAAGUUUCCAGAGGAUACGCGAUUUAGUUCGCAAUCGAAGACUACAGGAAGAAAAGCAGAAUGAAAAUAAUUCUCGGUUAGAACAAAUUGUACGAGAAGUUAUGCAAAGGCAUGCAGAAGAAGAAGCAUUUAAAGCUGCUGCGGCGGGUAAGGCAAAACCCGUCAGCGUUCAACAAACAACCGCAACAGUAGUCGGUUUUCCCAGAGACAAAAGAAGCUACCAAGAAGCAAUGAACCGGCCCGUAUCCAUCAUCAGUUAUGAUCCACCCGAUUAUCAGGAAACGAUUCAGGAAAGCGAAAAGGAAAGCAAGAAUUCGAAGCGGUAUUCAACGUUAAUUAAUGGCAAUUCAGAAGAUAGUGAUACCCUUUUAAUUGAGAACAAAAAGACUGACGCUAGACUUUUACAAAAUAUGUCUUCUGGACUAGGAACAACGAAUGAUAGCAAAGAUGAAAACACAGAAAGUUUAGAGUUGAAGAACAUACGAGGCACGUCAGCAGACACUGAACACGAUGAAGAGUCGUCCUUAUGUCCCGGAGAGCAAAAGAACUCCUCCGAAAAGAAAACGGGUGCGGAUGGAGAGAGCGAACGUCCCUGGCAGACCCUCGUGUCAUACGUUGACGAACUUACAGUGGGAGGUAGAAGGAAUUCCAAAGGCCAGUACAUCGACCGCAUGGGUAACUUUCCUGGAUUUGGGAAGAACAAACCUCCGAAGCAACCACCAGACUGUUUCCCUCAUCAAAUUUACUACAGGUGCAUUUGUUUGGAGAAGUGCAUGAACACAAAAGUGGGACGCAAAUGGACACAUAUCCGACAAAUGGUACUUGGUGUUGUGGACACUCCUGCCUUCGAGUGGUUUAUUUUGGUGUUGAUAUUCGCUUCGAGUGUCACAUUGUGCUUCGAAGACAUUUAUCUGGAACAAAAUCCAGAACUCAAGCGAGUGCUUUAUUGGACUAACUUAGCGUUUUCUGUUAUAUUCAUUAUAGAAAUGUUCCUUAAAUGGCUAGCGUUGGGAUUCCAUAAGUAUUUUACAAGUUUUUGGACGUUGUUGGAUUUUUUAAUAGUUUUUGUAUCAUUGUUUAGUUUGUUAAUAGAAGAAAACGAAAACCUAAGGGUGCUAAGGUCUCUAAGGACCCUUAGAGCCUUAAGACCACUCAGAGCAAUAAGUAGAUGGCAAGGUAUGAGGAUAGUCGUCAACGCCCUCAUGUACGCCAUACCUAGUAUUUUUAAUGUGUUAUUGGUGUGUUUGGUAUUCUGGCUGAUAUUUUCCAUUAUGGGCGUGCAGUUUUUCAGCGGCAAGUUCUAUAAAUGUCUCGAUAAAGAUGGUGAACUACUUCCAGUAAUAAAAGUAAAUACAAAGUGGGAUUGUUUAAGUCAGAACUACACUUGGAUCAACUCAAAAAUCUCCUUCGAUCAUGUGGGAAUAGCUUAUCUUGCUUUAUUUCAAGUGGCAACAUUCGAAGGCUGGAUGGAAGUGAUGGCUGAUGCUGUGGACGCGAGGGGAGUUAACCUUCAACCUCAAAGAGAAGCGAACCUUUACGCCUAUAUUUAUUUUGUCAUCUUCAUAGUUUGCGGUUCAUUUUUUACCCUGAAUUUAUUCAUUGGAGUAAUCAUCGACAACUUUAAUAUGUUAAAAAAGAAGUAUGAAGGUGGAGUUUUGGAGAUGUUCUUGACUGAAAGUCAAAAGCAUUAUUAUACAGCGAUGAAGAAGUUAGGUAGGAAGAAGCCCCAGAAGGUGAUAAAACGGCCGAUGAACCAGUUUCUAGCAAUGUUCUAUGAUCUGUCGAACUCCAGGAGAUUUGAGAUCGCUAUAUUCGUGUUAAUUUUUCUCAACAUGCUGACAAUGGGCAUUGAACACUAUAAUCAACCCCAUGCUGUGUUCUUCAUAUUAGAAGUUAGCAACGCAUUUUUUACCACAGUCUUUGGUUUAGAGGCAAUAGUAAAGAUAAUUGGCUUGAGAUAUCACUAUUUUACCGUUCCGUGGAACGUGUUCGACUUUCUAUUGGUGCUGGCUUCCAUCUUGGGGAUACUAAUGGAGGACAUAAUGAUCGACUUCCCUGUUUCCCCAACGCUGCUCCGUGUAGUAAGAGUAUUUAGGAUAGGAAGGAUUUUACGGCUGAUUAAGGCCGCCAAAGGCAUAAGAAAACUACUCUUCGCCUUGGUGGUGUCCCUCCCGGCACUCUUCAAUAUCGGCGCCCUUUUAGCUCUGAUCACCUUCAUAUAUGCCAUCAUUGGCAUGUUUCUCUUUGGCCACGUUCGACAACAAGGUGCUUUAGACGACAUGGUCAACUUCGAGACAUUCGGCAGGUCCAUGCAUUUGUUAUUCAGACUGAUAACAUCAGCUGGAUGGAACGACGUUCUCGAAUCACUAAUGAUCGAGUAUCCAAACUGCGACCCACACUACCGAGGCCAGAACAACGGUGAUUGUGGAUAUCCAUUGCUGAGCAUUAUUUACUUCACCAGCUUUAUCAUCAUCAACUACAUGAUUGUUAUUAACAUGUACAUAGCAAUUAUUUUGGAAAACUUUAACCAAGCACAUCAAGAGGAGGAGAUUGGCAUUGUGGAAGAUGAUUUAGAAAUGUUUUACAUCAGAUGGAGCAAGUACGAUCCACAUGCCACUCAGUUUAUUAGGUUUUCACAGUUGUCAGAUUUCAUAGCUUCAUUAGAUCCGCCCUUAGGUAUAUCAAAACCUAACACAGUAGCUUUGGUCAGCUUCAACUUACCAAUCGCUAAAGGGAAUAAAAUCCAUUGCCUGGACAUUCUGCACGCCCUGGUUAAACACGUACUUGGUCAUGUUGAGGAGACUGACAAUUUUAGACAAUUGCAAGAACAAAUGGACAUUAAAUUUAAGAAACAAUUUCCAACUAGGAAGGAACUGGAAAUAGUAUCUUCAACGAGGAUAUGGAAACGACAAGAUAAAGCUGCUAGACUUAUUCAAAAAACUUACAAGGAUUAUGUUAGACGCAAGAAGGAAAAGGAGUGUGAAGCUGACGAGGUGGACGAAACAACCCAGACCUCGUCACCGGGUGGCGGUUGGCAAGGUCGUCUUAGUGCGUUCCUACAUGUGCAUCGCGGCAGUCGCGCCUCAUCUCGCAAGUCCUCUCGGGCCUCGGACGCGAGCGACCUCAGCGAAUUGGGCGGCCCCUGGCUCAACCUGCCGCUGUUGUUGCUCUCCGGCGCCACCAACAUGUCCCCAGAGGAGCUGGACCUGAAUCGCGAGUCCCACGAUGCCGCCAACAGGAGCGCCCCCACCGCAGAUCCUAACGCUACCACUCCCCUAGCACCAUGUCCGAUGCAACCCCGACGUAGGAGCAUCUAUAACUUCCCGUUCUUCUUGAAACACCAGGACGCGGUAGACACGCACGAAGACCCUGCCUCGCCGCUUCCGAUCAAAAAACCACUGAAACCCAGCGGAACAUCACAAUCUCUACACCCCGCCAUGGCAGAAGAUCCAAAGCCGAAACGAGGCAGCAUCAUUCGUAGGAAACGUGUCGGAUCCGUUAAAGCUCGACCAACUUCAACUGUUCCUCCUGCUCAGAGGGCAGAAUCAGAACCGGUUAACGCUUCGGACGUUAGCAUUUUGGUCACAGAGGCAUCGCCAGAAACAGCGUUUGUGAGACCUCCAUUACAUAGACAACACAGCGAGGCAACUGUUGUGCAGGUCCUCGUUCACAGAGAAAGCGAAGAGUAUAAUCAAGAAGAGGAAGAAGAAACUCCCAAGAUAGACGUCACUGCCGACACCGUACCGGAUGUGGUGAAUACAGAGGCGGAAACGGUUAACAGUAGUGAUGUGAUGUCGCCAGAUGCGACUAGAUGAUCUAAACAGUUAAUUACUGACUGUCAGCAUGUGGAAUAGAUGCUGAGAUUUUGUGAUAAGUAGUGUUUAGGAUGAUGCAUAAAUCCCCAGAGGAUGACACGAUUCAAUACAGUACUGAAAUCAUUGAUGGAGUCAGUUCACAGUAUCAAAUCAAUUGCUGCUUAUUAUAUUUCACGGUAGCAAUUUAAAAUAGACAAACUUAUUAACAUGCUAAAGAAAUGUAGUAACAUCAUAUUAAAAUACUCUCUGGCUACAUCACUGUUUGAGAAGAUGCAGAUGCGAUGUAAUCUAAAAGUUCCGUUAGUUAAAAGUGCCUCAUUUUUGACUUUUAGAUCACACACAUGUUUCUUUCGGAAUCCAAUCCUCUGGAAAACACUGUACAUUUAAAAUUAUUAAUUAGUACAUAUCAUUGUAUAGAAACAGGAAUAUUAGACCAUCUCCCGUAAUCUCCGUAAAAUAUUCCAAUACACAAUUGGAACAUGUUUAAGGAACAUUAGAAUGUGGUUUUUCGAACAAUUAGAAAGAUUGGCAUUAUCUUCUAAUUAUUACACAUUCUGGGGUUCAUUUGAAACUUAAAUAUUCGCGACAUAGUAUUAAGAAUUACUUUUUACUUUAUUAAAUUUAUUUUAAAUCGUUUAUGUAAAGAAUGGUAAAGUGAAUUAAUUCUAAUUCAAAAUAUGCUUAAAGGCAUGAAUUGUACAUACAAAUAUUUAGGUCGCUAUUGAUUUAAAAAUCAAGUAGUUUUGAUUAUUUAUAAAUAUGAAUACGCAGGUUAUAUUAAUUAAGUCAAUUAUAAUAAAUAAUAUUGAAACUACUGACUAAAGAUGUACAAUCAGUAGAGUAGAGGAUAGGUAGGUAAUAACUAGCACGUUUUAUUUUGCAUAGAAUCCCAGAAAUAUAUAUAUGAUUAAUUUUUUAAUCAAAUAAAAUUAAUUUAAAGUAAUGCCCAUUACUUUACAUUCAAAGAUGUCACAUUUUUCUUUAACGCAGUAAUUUUAGAUAGAAUUUAGUAAAUUGGGUUUCAUUUUUAUAAUUAUUAACGCAUACCAAAAAAAAUAGGAAACAAUCAUAUAGAUGCAUUAAAUAUUGCAAUGUCGACAAUAUUUUUAAAAGGAAGUAACAAAGGCCUACAAGUAAGACUAACAAAUAAACGAGCUUUCCUUUUUAUUUGUAAAUUUAAGACCAUGCUAGACCUAAUGUCUACAAAUUUAAAUAAUUUGAAAUUUUAAAAAUUUUCAGAAAUUAUCUAUUAUCACCCAUUAACAUUAAUAUUUUCUUCAGUGUAUUAAACUCAUAUAUCAAAAACAAAAUGAUAAUGAAGAAUUAUUAAAAAAAUAAAUAUUUUCAAAAUUUUUAAAAAAGCGUUUUUGUAGUGGGUGUUGUUACAAAUACUACAUUUAUCAAUUAACAAUAUUCAUUAAAUUGUAUUACAUAUCAAUGCAUAUAACACAGAUUAAAAUUUAUAUAACGAAAAAGUAAAAGCACGAAUAAAAAGCUUAAUUAAGAUGAUGGCUUCAAAAGUUUUUCUGUAAUUCUGUUCUAGUUAUAAUCGUAAAAUUGUUUUAACCAUGGUAUAGAUUCGAAAUCAACGCCAUCAUUCUUAAAUUCACUUAUUUUAUUUCAGAAAUUUAUUUCAAUCUAUAGUAUUGAUUAUUAUUAAAAAUUAUUGAAUUAAAAAUUGUAAAAAGUAUUUUUAUUAGUAGUGGAUUUUAUAAAAGUCACAUAGUCAAAACGCACAUACCCAAAAUACAUACCGUGUAAAAAAGAAACAGAGUAAUUCUAAUGUCAAUUUAUAAGAAUUAUUAUAAUUAGAACUAGAAAUUAUGUAACUAUUAAAAAAAUAAACUAAAAAUUUUUCCAAUUCAGUAAAAGCUCUUAGAAAAAAUAGUCUGUUACAAGGUAUUUGUAGAGUAGUGUAUUUUACCUUUGGUUCAUGCUAUCAGAUUUAUAAUUUACAUAGAACUGUCGACCAAAAUUUCUACACAUUACAAAAAAAAAUCAUUAAUUGUGAAUUCCUCCAUUAAAUGUGUACUAUACUUAUGUAUAAAUAAACAAUAGCAUUUUAAUUAUAUUUUAUAUCUUUGAAAUUCUAUACGAUAUACCCAGUAAGUAAGGUGGACAAAGGUUAUUCAGGUUGCAAUAAAUAAAAAUAUAAUUUGCUAUUCAACGCAUAACUAGCCUUAUUAGUGUGACCUGAAAGAUGCGCCCACCAAAAAGACGAACCUUGAUUUAUUCUAUUCUAAAUAUAUUAUCACGGGUCCAUGCAUUGUUAAUGUCAAAACUUCGACAAAUAUCUGUAUAUACAACAAAAAAAAAUCUUGUAAAAUAUCACCAAAUAUAAAAAUUACCUAUUAUAAAAAGUUUUCUUCCUUAAAUGUAUGUAUUAUAGUUAAUUACUUGUGAUAUUACUUAUCAAAAUAGGACUUAGAUUAAACACUUUUGUUACUGAAUGCGUUUUUCAAGUGGCAUAAUUCAUCAAAUUUGACUACAUUUGAAAAAUGCAUUCUAAUUCAAUUGUUGCAAGGAUGCUGUUAUACAUUUUAUGAAGGCAAAUAGAUAUGUAAUUGCCAAAAUAUUUAAUAAUCGCCAAAAAUUUAGCCGGCUGCAUACUAGAAACAAACUUGAAAAUUGUAACAAUGUGUACCUAUUGAAGGUCUGUAAAGUUAUGUUUCUUUUAUGUACCUGACCUAUGCUGUUUCUUAGCUAUUGAAUGAUUACCUAGUAUGCCUUCGUGAGAUAUUUUGAAUAUCAUUGUUAAUUUGAGAAUUAUAGUUAAGUAUAGAGUUGUGUAUAAAUCUUUAAAUUGUGACAUUAUAGCAUUUAAAUUUAAAAUAAAAUAUUACAUUACAA